UCUCUCUCUCUCUCUCUCUCUCUCUCUCUCUCUCUCCUCUUCUUUUUUCUCUCUAUCUCUCUAAAUUUAACACGUAACACAAACACAAACACACCCUCUUUAGUGAAGUUUUAAUGGCAAAGAUCUCGCAGCAAAACCGCAAGAACAGCUCAAACAUUACUAGCACCAGCAACAACAAAAAGGAUCCUGCAACGAAGGUGAAGCGAACGCGCAAGAGCGUCCCCCGCGACUCUCCCCCGCAGCGGAGCUCCGUUUAUAGGGGUGUCACUAGGCACCGGUGGACGGGCCGGUACGAAGCUCAUUUGUGGGACAAGAACUGCUGGAAUGAGUCCCAGAACAAGAAAGGAAGACAAGUGUAUCUAGGGGCCUAUGAUGAUGAAGAAGCGGCAGCACAUGCUUAUGACUUGGCUGCAUUGAAGUAUUGGGGACAAGACACCAUCCUCAAUUUCCCUCUGCCAACUUAUGAAGAAGAGCUUAAAGAAAUGGAGGGUCAAUCAAGAGAAGAAUAUAUUGGUUCUCUCAGAAGAAAAAGUAGCGGGUUUUCACGAGGAGUUUCUAAAUACAGAGGUGUAGCAAGACACCACCACAAUGGUAGAUGGGAGGCUCGAAUUGGCAGGAUGUUUGGCAACAAAUAUCUUUACCUUGGAACCUAUGCUACCCAAGAAGAAGCUGCAACAGCAUAUGACAUGGCAGCCAUAGAGUACAGAGGACUUAACGCCGUUACCAACUUUGACCUUAGCCGUUACAUCAAGUGGCUAAGACCUAACCAAAACACUACUACCGACCCUAACAACUCUAAACCAAACCCUAACCCCAAUGUUGACAUUAAUCCCAUAACAAAUCCUAGUAAUGUAGUGGGAUUAACCUUCCUUCACCACCACCAACAAAGCCCUAGCUCUGCCACAGAAGCAACCCUACUUCCACCAUGCCCCUCUAGUGGAGCCACUGCCUCAUCCGCGCUAGGGCUUCUAUUACAAUCAUCAAAAUUUAAGGAGAUGUUAGAGAGGACAUCAGUUGCUGACUGUCUAUCGACGCCUCCAGAGUCCGACCCUCCACGAAGUAGCUUCCCUGACGAUAUACAGACUUAUUUUGAUUGUCAGAACUCUGGUAGCUUUGUCGAGGAGGACGACAUUAUUUUCGGUGACUUAAAUUCUUUUUCAUCGUCCAUGUUCCAGUGUGAGAUUGAUGCAUAAUUAUUUGUGUGAAUAUGAGGGUGAAGGAAGGUGACGACAACGACAACGACACGAAAAUAUAUUUGAGCUUUUUUUAGUAAUCUUUUUUACAACGUAUGAUUCUCUUCCUCUUCUGAAGAUGAGAGAAGUUUUUUUUUUUUUUUAAUUAUAUUAUUGGUUCAUUUUUAUUUAUUUAUUACUGGUACUAUUGGUAAAUUGCAUGUAGAUAUAGAUGAAGAUAGAAAUUCAUUUCAACUAUCUUUCAAAUAAGAAAAUUGUUUGAGCAUGUAACAGCCUCACUUCUAUUUGUUCUUUCAAUAAAAGUUUAUUUCUAUU